AUGUGCAGUAGGAUUUUGUUAUUUGUUAUCCGAAGUCAUGUCAAAGAUUUAAAAUUUCAUAGAUGGCCAACAGACCCAAAAUUAGCUGAAAUUUGGCGUAAACAAGUGUCUAUCGGACGAAGUGAUAACUUCAACCCAGCGCCGGGGUCAACAGGAAGUUUCGUAUGUUCGAAUCACUUUCCUGAAGGCAAAAGAACGCCUAGUAAUCCAAGCACAGACUAUCCCUCGAUUUUUCUUACAACCAGUGAGUUCCCAAGGAAAGUUUCGCCGAAAAAAAGCAAGAUAGUUGAGCAAAAAGAGCUGCCAUCUACAUCGACUACGAAUGUGGACGAGUCAUCCGAAAGUGACAGCACUGACGACGAUCUGGACUUGUCUUUACGAGUGGCAAUGAACUUUGAACAAUUUUCCAGAGAGUUUGAGGUCAAGAAAUACACUGGUCUUCCAUCUACGGAAGCAUUUAAAUGUGUUUUUGACUAUUUACUUCCAAAAGCCCAGAGAAUGCAGUACUAGCGCGGAGUAAAACAAACAACUAAGGAGACGCCCAAGAGAGCAGAUAAAGACGUGUAUUUUGAGAGUAGAGGUCGACCAGGUCCAGCGCGAAAACUGAACCUUUCRCAAGAGUUACUACUUACCCUCAUGAGAUUGAGACUUGGCCUUCUUAUGGAUGAUCUAGCCUUUAGAUUUAUCAUAUCUUUCCCAACAGCGAGUUGUAUUUUUAUCACUUGGAUAAAGCUAAUGUCCAAAGAGCUAUCAGUACUCAUCAUAUGGCCAAGCCGUGCUCAAGUGCGGAGGACUUUACCGGCGUGCUUCAAGGCCUUGUACCCUAAAGUACGCUGUAUUAUUGAUUGCUUUGAAUGUUUUACAGAGAAACCAAGUGGUCUAGAUGUAGCAGCCGCCUUGUGGAGUGACUACAAGCACCAUUAUACAUUCAAAGUACUGGUUGGUAUAACCCCAAAUGGAGCUAUAUCUUAUGUUUCGCCAGCUUAUGGUGGCAGAGCCUCAGAUGUGUUCAUUGUUAGGGACAGUGGCUUUUUAACCAUGAUUGAGCCUUAUGACCAAAUUAUGGCCGAUAGGGGAUUCAAGAUAAGAGAAGAUCUUAUGAUGUCAUUGGCCACACUUUCUAUCCCCCCAUCCUGUGCAUCCUCUAUGCAAAUGCUCCCAGCAGACGUAAGGAAGACUUCUAACAUUGCAAAUGUAAGGAUUUAUGUAGAGCAGGCAAUUGGCAGACUGAAAGUUUUCCGCAUUUUGAAGCAUGAAAUACCUAUAACUGAGCUUCAGAUAGUCGAUGACAUUGUUAGGGUUUGUUGUGCCCUCUGCAAUUUUUUACCUAGUCUUUGUGAUGAAAUUAAUUGA